AUGCACUGCUCCUCGCCGGUGAAGUUGUCGGCGUCCCCGGUGUGCUGUGCCGUGUGUUCCUGCAGCGCCGCCAUAUCCACAAACCUCUCUCCGCACCAGACGCACUUGAACUGCGUCUCUCGCGAGUGCACGCUCUGGUGCUUGGCCAGGUGCUCGCGCUGCUUGAAGCUCUUGUCGCAGCUGGCGCAUUUGAAGGGCUUCUCGCCCGUGUGCACGCGGCGGUGGCGCUGCAGCUCGGACGAGUAG